AUGGAAGACCAUAGGACAGUGACUAAACUUCUAUCAGUAAAUGCUUUUAUGGCUACUAUUGAUCUUAAGGAAGCAUACUUUUUAGUCCCCAUCGCCAAAAGUUGCCGCAAUACAAAAAUUAAGCUUUCUAAGGAUAUUUUACCUGAUCUACGAUGGUGGAAUAAUAACAUAACUUCGUCUAAUAACUCUCUAAGACCACAAGAUCAAUUUAUGUUAGAAAUAUUCUCAGAUGCGUCGAAGACGGGUUGGGGAGCUUUCUGUAAUGGAAAUCGGGUAAAUGGGGGAUGGAAAGACAGUGAACUUUCCUUACAUAUUAAUUACCUAGAGCUAUUAGCUGUAUUCAUGGGACUUAAGUGCUUUGCUAAGAAUCUUUCAAACGGCUCUAUUCUGUUACGUGUAGACAACACAACAGCAAUAUGCUACAUUAAUCGAAUGGGUGGAAUUCAAUUCCCACACUUGAAUGAUCUAGCUAGGUCUAUUUGGCAGUGGUGUGAGAAGCGCGAUAUCUGGUUAUUUGCUUCAUAUAUAAAUUCUCAAGAUAACAUCAAAGCUGACCAAGAAUCUAGAAAACUUAAUAUUGAUAUAGAGUGGGAACUUUCAACAUGGGCAUUUAAUAAUAUAAAGGAAACGCUAGGCACACCAGAUAUUGACUUGUUUGCCUCUCGCGUCAAUGCUAAAUGUCAACGGUAUAUAUCGUGGAAAAAAGACCCAGACGCAAUCUCUUCACCCGUUGCACCAGACCCUUACCCUGGCAGCUGUGAAGCUCUCCGGUACGCCUUUAAGCACCGCAACGUUCCAAGCGUAGCUCUCGAUCUGAUGAUUUCCUCAAUAUCAGCAAACACUUUAAGACAGUAUAACGUUUCUCUUAAACUUUGGUGGCAGUUCUGUCUGGAACAAAGUCUUAAUGUACUAAAUACUUCAAUAGAAUCAGUAAUAACAUUUCUUACGAAUCAAUUUUAUAAUGGUAGUUCAUACGGCACUAUCAAUACCCAUCGUUCUGCACUAUCGUUAUUCUUAGGUAACCAUGUAGGCUCCGAUGAGAGGAUUAAAAGGCUGUUAAAAGGCAUUUUUAAGCAAAAACCCUGUCGCCCUAAGUAUAUUACUACUUGGAAUCCCCAAGUGGUACUAGAUUACAUUUCUCAGUGGGUUCCUAAUAAAACCCUGAGCUUAGAACGAUUAACUAAAAAGGUGACUGUUCUCUUAGCAUUAUGCACUGCUCAUAGGGUACAAACCUUGUCUCUGAUAAAGAUUGAAAAUAUCAUAAAAUCUUCCGACGGAAUUAAAAUAUUAAUAACCGAUCUGAUAAAGACGUCUUCAGCUGGUAAAGAACAGCCCCAUUUGUACUUACCCUUAUUUAAAGAAAACCCUAAUAUAUGUCCUGCUAUGGCUUUAGAAGAUUAUAUGUAUAUCACGAAAGAUUUAAGACCACCCAAUACAAAAACUCUUCUUAUUACAUAUAAAAAGCCUUAUAGAAAAGCAUCCUCUCAGACUAUUAGCAGAUGGAUUAAGCAGACAUUGGCAGAGGGCGGGGUCGACGUUGGCGUGUUUAGCGCGCACAGCACGCGACACGCGUCUUUAUAA